AUCAAAGGUCCGGAUAGCACAUUCCUUCCAAACUUUGGCUGUGGCCAUAGUUUUUUUUUUAAUUUUUUUUAGGAGAGAACAUAAUCUUUAAAAAAAAAAAAUUUGGCUCGAAACUAAAAUUUUUAUAUUUUUAUAAAAUCUCCCUAAUUACUAAAUCAAGUGGCGGAGAAUGUGUCUAUAAUUUUUUAUAUUACAAGAGUUUUACGUUUUCCUUGUAUUUUGAUUCUAUCAUGAAUCAUAUUUGAUUCUAUCAUGAAGUUAUGAUUAUGCCAUUUCUUGUAAAAACAAUAGCUUGUAGGGGUUUGGUCCUAACUCCCAAAACCGAUUUCCACCAUGUCUAUUUCAAGCUCCUUUUUUUUUUUUUUUUGUUUUGUUUAUUCAUUUUCUUAUUUCAAAAACAAAAAGACGUUAUCUUCGUCCUCGAAUCGACGUCAUGUUUUGCGUUUGGAAUGUUGGGUAGACAGAAAAUACUGUAACACUCUUUAAAUUUAACUCAAUCCUCUUGCUGACAUGUCAUCUCCUUUUCUCUUUCUCUCUCGAAAUUUCCGAAGUAAACACCAAGACAAAGUCUCUCUCUCUGUGUCUCUGUUGAGAUCACGAAACUGUUGGUCUCUCUUGAAUUUAAAGCUUUAGACUUUUCCAGUGAGAUUUCCAGAAUCCCACCUGUCAAAACCUAUCAGGAUAUUGAAUUAUGGUCGAUUUUUAAGUGUUUGAGAUCUGGGUGGUCUUAGAAAUUCAAAGUCAGGAGGAUGUACGCGGUGGGGAGGCUUAUCUCUCGUGGUGUAUAUACUGUUUCUGCGCCCUUUCAUCCUUUUGGUGGUGCUGUGGAUAUAAUUGUAGUGGAACAACCAGAUGGGGGCUUCAAAUCAUCGCCUUGGUAUGUUCGAUUUGGUAAAUUUCAAGGGGUUUUAAAGACAAGGGAAAAGGUGGUUAGCAUCAGUGUUAAUGGCAUUGAAGCGAAUUUCCACAUGUUUCUUGAUCAUAAAGGGGAAGCAUACUUUCUCAGGGAGGUAGACGAUGAAGAAGGGGAGUCUGAAGCUGUAUCAUUUCCUUCUUCUUCUGGCGAUGAGACGGAUGAGCCAUCGUCUGGUAAUCGGAGGCCAAUGAAGUCCAAAAGUUGCAACUAUGAUGCUGAUAAGUCAAACUCCGUGGGUCAAGUUGAUGUGAGCAAUGGGAAGAUUCUGGCUAGGACUAGUUCCCGACGGUCACGGAUAUUUGGGCUUGUUUUUGGACAGAGGUCGACAAAGGAGGAUGGUUACCGGGAGGGUGUCGAUGGUGGCCGUGUGACGAGGAUCGAUUCGUUGGAGCGUGCUGAGAUUGCUGCUGACUUGUUGGAGGUGAAGUGGUCCACCAAUCUCUCCUCUAAUAGAUCAAAUAAUAAUGCUUCCCCAUUUUCUUCUACAAAAGAUGCAUUGGACAAGAAAGGUUCUGAAGAGGAGACACAGAUUAAUGAUGAGCAAAACCAGUUUCACUCUUCCAUACAUGAUAAGGAGGAAACGAAAAAUGAUGAAGAAAACCAGUUUCAAUCUUCUGUACACGAUAAGGAGGAAAAUAGUAUCGUAGACCAGCCAUUACUAGAGGAAACUGACUUCUGCAACAAGCAAAAGAUUAGCUAUUCUCAUUCUGGCCUUGAGAACCCAGAGUAUUUUGUAGAGGAAGCUAGCUUACAAGUUUCUCGUGUAAGCACCGAUUCACAAAUUGUUGAAAACUCAUUAGGUGAAGGCUUUAUGGAAGAAAAAUGCAAAGUAAUAGCCAAUAUUUCAGGAACUAUUGAUGAUCGUAGUGUUGGGAAUCUUGAUCACGAUGAGAAUGAGAUGGGUGCUGUCUCAGGGAUGAGUGGUCCUGAUCUGCCAAGUCAAUAUAAGCUUGAAGCAUGUAUGGACAAACAGUUUGAUGAAGAACUGGCCGAUAAUGAAAGGAAUGUUGUUUUACCGGUCCGUGGGAUUUCCAAUAAGGAGACUGUUUCAGACAGUCUUCAAUCUUUUGUUAACUGUGAAACAUCACCGAGCUCAGUAAUAACAUCGAAUGGUUCCAGUGAACAAACUCAUCAGACACUGUGCCUUUCUGAUGUAGGAAAUAGGAAAGUACAUGUUCAUGCUGAAAUACUGGUUACAACGACUAAGCUAGUGUCAGAGGUUACAGUUCUCAAGCAAGCGAAGGACAUGGAAUUGGAUUCUGAAGGGGCAUUAACAAUGUCAGAAUCCUACCCUCAAAUGGUCAGUGUUGACCCUUUAUUUGGUUUGGAAGAAAAGAUGUCACAUAGCAUUCACACCACUUCCACCAUCAGUGAUUUAGGUGAUCAAGUUGAAGAUGAGAAAAAUACCAAUGAUUUUCUCCAUCCUUCUUUGGAGUUUGUUGAUGAUUCUCAAAACUUUUAUGGUGAUAGUGAACCAAAGAGAAGUGUUCCAGCAUCAGAGAGUUCAGAGGAUGAACAAUUCCUUUUCAGUGACCUUGAUGAAUCCAAACUCCUUGAGCCAGAUUGUGUAAAUAAAGAUCUUUAUCCCUCAAUUUGUACAGAAAAUGAAGAUGUAAAUGGUUUAUGUAAUGUGAAUAAUGAGUCAUAUUUAAAUCCUGAUCAGUUUGUUCAGGAGAAUCCAUCAACUGAUCUGGAAAACUCAGUAGAAAAGUCGGGGAUUAUCUCUAAUCCUAUUACUAUUUCUAGAAAUCAUAGAGUAGCCGGUGAGAAAAAUGUGUGGCAGGUGGAAUCACUUCCUAAUAUGUGGUCUCCUGUCUCCAAGUUCGAUGCAAACGACCAUCGUCCUGUAAGCCAUUCUCUGGACUCAACUUCUGAAACCAUGAAGUGGACAUCGAUCAGGAAAGAUGAUUCAAGCUGUAUAAGGCCAGAUGCAGAUAAGGAACAACCAAUAUUACAUGAAAGAUCUAGUAGUGAGGAUACUGAGACUUCAGGGAAGCUAAAAAAUGCUCUUUACAACCCUGCCGUCGAGAUAUCUCUUUGCAAACACUUGCUAUAUGAAGGGAUGGGCGCUGAAGCUGCCUGUCAAGCUUUUGAUGCUGAAAAACUGGAUAGCAAGAAAUUUAGUUCUUUAGGUCCUGCUGUUGUGAAGAAUGAUAGGCUUGUUGUUCGAAUUGGUGGCCGUUACUUUCCGUGGGAUGCAGCAUCCCCUAUUCUUUUAGGGAUGGUUGCAUUUGGAAGUGAAGAAAUAUUUGAACCCAAAGGCAUGAUACCUGUUGACAGAGUGGAGAAAUCCAUUGAAGGAGAUCCAUCAAAAGCCAUAGUCUCCCAUAGUGGAAGCUGGAGGCUUUGGCCUUUUUCUUUGAAAAGAACAAGAUCUAGGAAGUCUGUGCAACUGGCUCCAGCUGAUAUCAAAGAUAUGGAUGCUGAGAAUGCUGCAGACAUUACUGUUGCUACUGAUGGUGAUAAAAAAUUGCUUAUACCCAAGCAGGUGAAGAAGAUGAUCAGGGCAAUCUGUCCAACCUCUGAACAGCUGGCAUCAUUGAAUCUAAAGGAUGGGAUGAAUCAUAUAACCUUCACAUUUUCCACCGCUAUGCUAGGGAAGCAGCAGGUUGAUGCCAGAAUCUAUUUGUGGAAAUGGAACACUCAUAUAGUAAUCUCAGAUGUUGAUGGGACAAUUACAAAAUCAGAUGUUCUAGGUCAGUUCAUGCCUUUGGUUGGGAUAGAUUGGUCACAAACAGGUGUUGCACAUUUAUUUUCAGCUAUUAAGGAAAAUGGGUAUCAAUUGCUUUUUCUUAGUGCACGUGCAAUAUCCCAGGCAUAUAUCACUAGACAAUUUUUAGUCAACCUUAAGCAGGAUGGUAAGGCUUUACCAGAUGGGCCGAUUGUUAUUUCCCCUGAUGGGCUUUUUCCAUCCCUAUAUCGAGAAGUUAUUAGAAGAGCUCCUCAUGAGUUCAAGAUUGCGUGCUUAGAGGAUAUCAAGGCAUUGUUCCCAUCUGAUUGCAAUCCAUUCUAUGCUGGUUUUGGGAAUAGAGACACUGAUGAAAUCAGCUAUCUUAAGGUUGGAAUCCCAAAAGGGAAAAUCUUCAUUAUCAACCCAAAGGGUGAGGUUGCUGUGAAUCGACGUGUUGACACAAAAUCUUAUACCUCCCUUCAUGCUCUUGUUCAUGGCAUUUUUCCACCAAUGGCCUCCUCUGAGCAGGUUGUAUGUGACCAUGGCUGUUGGCAGAACUUCCACCGUGCUCUUGAAAGUGCAGAGCUGGCUGACACGGUUGUCCGAAGUAGUUUAAUUUGCAUAGAAAAGGUUGGUUCAUCUCAGUUGUAUUUGGCUUCAGAGUAGUUGGAUUUGUAAUUUUGUAUAGUGAAUGCACGUGAUUCCAUAAACAGUUAAAACGUGUAAACAUUCACUAAAACUCUCAGGGGAGAAAGGGUACUGUUGAUUUUUUAUUGCUCAUACAAAAUCAAUCUUCAUCAUUAGUUCAAAGGAGAUUGUUUGUAUUCAUUCUACCCAGUUUACUGGAGUACAUA